AUUCGUUAAUGUUGUUGGAUUUUGAUGGUAUCCAAGUAGAAUUUCCAUAUGAAGCCUACGACUGUCAAAUAAGAUUUAUUCGAAAGAUUACUGAAGCUUUGAGAAAGGGUCAGAAUGCGGCUCUUGAGUCACCUACUGGAACUGGAAAGACUUUGUGUCUUCUCUGUGGUGCUCUUGCCUAUGUUAAAGACUUUAAGUCGAAGUUAACAAUUGAUGUUGCUGGUACUGUUCAAGGCGUAUCUUCUGGAUCACUGUUUCCAAAAGUUUACUACGCGUCUCGAACACACAGCCAACUUUCCCAAGUCGUACGUGAGCUGAACAAAACACUUUAUAAAGAUACAAAGACGAUUACUUUGGGAUCUCGCGAUGUUCUUUGUAUCAACGACAAGGUCAUGAAGGAAGGGAAUACUGCGGUAAAAGCAUUUAUGUGUCGUAAUCUAGUGAAGUCUAGGAAAUGCCACUACUACAACCAGUUUGAGAGCAAUCAGUUAGAUAUGCUUUACACAGAGGAUGGUUUAGUCCCCGACAUCGAAGAUCUUAUAAGCGUUUCGAAACGGCACAGCAUUUGUCCAUUUUAUCGAACGAGAUCGGCGUUUGAGACCGCUGAACUAAUUCUUCUGCCGUACAAUUAUGUUGUCGAUCCUCGUUUGAGGGUUAGGUACAACAUUGAAUUGAAAGGCAAUAUUGUCAUAUUUGAUGAAGCUCACAAUCUGGAAUCAAUUUGUGAAGAAUCAGUUUCAGUCUCUUUAUCUACAGUCGAAAUAAGUGGGGCCAUUCGGGAUUGCAAAACUGUGCUACAGUGGCUAAUUUCAGACGAAGAAGCAAUUCGAUCUGAAAAGAGAAGCAACAGAGACACUAGUCUCGGUAAACAGGUCUCUGGGAAAAAUUCUGCGGCAAAUAGUCAGUAAUA